UGCCGAGCCGCAGCGGCGGAGGCGGCGGCAGCAGCCGCGGAGGUACCGCUGGCUCUGGCGGGGGGGCCCCGCAGGUGGCGGCGAACCGGAUGCCUUUGGCGGGCAGAAGAUGUGUCAUGGGAAGCAGCCGAGCGGCGGCGGUGCCCUCCUGGCGGCGCGGCGGCGGGCGCUGGCCGCGGCGCUGUGGCUGCAGUUGGCGCUGAGCCUCGGCCCGGGGCUGGCGGCGGGCGGGUUUGAUGACCUGCAAGCAUGUGCUGAUCCUGGGGCUCCUGAACAUGGCUACAAGACGCCCAGUGCAGGUGUUUUCUUUGAAAGUGUGGUGGUCCGGUUCCAUUGCCAAGAAGGAUAUAGGCUCAAUGGUACUUCCAAAAAACUUUGUGUGAGACACUUUAAUGGCUCCCUGAGCUGGAAACCCAGUGAUAAACCUGUGUGCCUACAAGAAGUCACAGAUUGCCUUGUUCCACAUGUUGAAGAUGCAGAUGUUCAUAACAAGACAUACAGGACUGGCGAUAAGUUAAUAAUCAGCUGUCAUGAAGGAUUCCAGAUCCGUUACCCUGACUUAGACAACAUGGUUUCCAUAUGCCAAGAUGAUGGAACAUGGGAUAAUCUACCCAUAUGUCAAGGUUGCCUGAGGCCGUUGGUUCUUCCUCAUAGUUACAUUAACAUUUCUGAGUUCGGGGCCUCCUUCCCCGUAGGAACAGUGGUGUAUUAUCAGUGCUUUCCUGGAUAUAAAUUAGAUGGGGCAGAGAUCCUUGAGUGCAUGUAUAACCUUAUCUGGUCAGAUAGCCCACCUAGGUGCCUUGAUGUGGAAGUUUGUCCACUACCUCCAGUGGUGAGUCACGGAGACUACAUCUGCCACCCACGGCCUUGCGAACGCUACAACCACGGGACAGUGGUGGAGUUCUACUGUGACCCUGGUUACACCCUCGCCAAUGACUACAAGUACAUCACUUGCCAGUACGGAGAGUGGUUCCCCUCCUACCAAGUGUACUGUGUCAAAACAGAACAAACAUGGCCAAAUACACAGGAGACCCUCCUGACUACAUGGAAAAUAGUGGCGUUUACUGCUACAAGUGUUUUAUUAGUACUGCUACUGAUUAUUUUAGCCAGGAUGUUCCAGACCAAAUUUAAGACACAUUUCCUUCCACGAGGCAACCAGGAGGGCUUCAUGGGCGACCCCGACUUUGUGGUGGUGGAUGGUGUUCCUGUCAUGCUGCCUUCCUACGAUGAAGCUGUCAGCAGUGGCUUGAAUGCCCUGGCACCCGGAUACUCAGCUGCUGCAGACCAGGGGCAUAUUUUGCAGACAGAAAAUCAGAAUCCCCCUGCUUACCCCGGUCCCAGGAUUCCAGACAUGCAGCCCAGUGAAUUUGAGACCUGUGACAGUAGGUUGGGUUCCUCUGAACUGCUCCAAAGUUUGUACCCAUCCCUGACAUGCCAAACGGCAGCACUUCCCAGCUCAGAUCGAACUGACGUAUCCCACAGCACUGAUGGGGAUGCUGUAUCCACAAGUCCCCGGAUCGAUAUCACAGAUGGUGAGUCUUGCAUAGGUGCAAUAGAGAUUCCUUUGAUGGAAGAAGACCAUUAGCCUGCACUGAGUCGUGUCCUCAUCACAUUGUACUUUUGGGUGACAUGAAUCAUGAGGAUUCAGAGAUAGAAAAGACUCUGUGGAUUUGGGGAGGGUAUUUUCCUACUUACCAAUCUUCCACGCAAUGAUGUCACCAGGUUGGGUGUAUGUGGUGAUAACAGCAUCAG